UUAUGUUUGUGUUUUUGUUUCUAUUCUGGUUCUGUUUCUGUUUCUGUCUUCGUUUUUGUUUCUGUUUCUGUUUCUGAUUAUGUUUAUGUUUCUUUUUAUGUUUCUGGCUCUGUUUCUGGCUCUGUUUAUGUUUAUGAUUCUGUUUUUGUUUCUGUUUCUGGCUCUGUUUUUGGCUCUGUUUAUAUUUCUGUUUCUAUUUUAGGUUCUGCUUCUAUUUCUAAUCUUGUUUCUUUUUCUGUUUCUGAUUCUGUUUUUGUUUCAGUUUCUGUUUCUGAUUCUAUUUUUGUUUAUGUUUCUGUUUCUGAUGUUGGUUUUGUUUCUGUUUCUGUUUCUAUUUCUGUUUAUAUUUCUGGUUCUGGUUCUGUUUCUAUUUCUCGUUUUGUUUCUGUUUCUCGUUUUGUUUUGUUUUUUGUUUUUGUUUCUGAAUUUGUUUCUGUUUCUGUUUCUUAUUUUGUUUCUGGCUCUCUUUCUGUUUCUGUUUCUGGUUCUGCUUCUGUUUCUGUUUCUGUUUCUCGUUCUGUUUCUGUUUUUCGGUGUGUUUCCAUUUUUGUUUUUGUUUUUGUUUUUGUUUCUGUUUUCGUUUCUGUUUCUGUUUCUGGUUCUAUUUCAGUUUUGUUUCUUUAUCUCUUCAUGUUUCACUUUCUGUUUUUUGUUUAUAUUUAUGAUUCUGUUUCUGUUUCUGGUUUUGUUUCUGUUUUGUUCUGUUUCAUUUUCUGUUUCUGGCCUGUUUCUGGUUCUGUUUCUGUUUCUAUUUCUGUUUUUGUUUCUGUCUUUGUUUCUGUUUCUGAUUCUGAUUCUGGCUCCCUUUAUGUUUCUGGUUCUGGUUCUUGUUCUGUUUCUGUUUCUCGUCCUGUUUCUGUUUCUCGGUCUGUUUCCAUUUUUGUUUUUGUUUCUGCUUCUGUUUCUGCUUUAUUUUCGGUUUUUGUUUCGGUUUCUGUUCAAGUUUCUGUUUCGUGUUCUGUUUCUGUUUCUGAUUCUGGUCAGGUUUCUGUUUCUGGUUCUUUUUCUGUUUCUGUAUCUGUAUCUGUUUCUGUAUCUGUUUCUGUAUCUGUUUCUGUAUCUGUUUCUGUAUCUAUUUCUGUUUCUGGCUCUGUUUCUUUUGCUGUUUCUAUUUUUGGUUCUGUUUUUGGGUCUGUUUCUGGUUUGUUUUUGGGUCUGUUUCUGGUUUGUUUUUGGGUCUGUUUCUCGUUCUGUUUCGGUUUCUGUUUCUGUUACUGA